UUUAAAAAUGGUGGCGAGUGGGUCGUCGCCCGGGUGUCAUUGGGUUACGACAUGGGUCUCCUCCCACUUUAAUAUAAGAAGAAAAAAAUAUCGUAUCUUCUCAACUAUCCUUCCAUUUUUCUAUUCCCUCUCCGUCAACAGUUCGAUCAGAACCUUCCACAAUCUCUCUCUCGGCAAGUGAAAAGUCGUGUACCUUUUCGAACUUCGCGAUAAGCUUCUUCUGGGUUUUUUUUGGGGGUUCGUUGCUGUUCGAGCUUCGGCAUUCUUUUGAGAUAGACCAAGCCUUAAGAUAUGGGAUGCUUGGUGUCAACGCCGGUGGAUAAUGGUGGUAAGAGAAGGACGCCACAAGACAUUGGGGAGGUCUCUGUCUACGUUCCGGGUCUCCGGAUUCCUAAGUCAGUCGAUUUUUAUCAGUCACUGGGCAGCCAUCUAUCGAGGAAUUUGGUGCAACUCCUGACUGCCCUUAGGACCCGUAUAGCCGUGCUGGCCGGUGAAGGAGUCCCUACAGUCAAGAGAUUGACGAGAAAAAGUGCCACUCAGCAUGGAGGUUCGACAUUGACUGAUCUGCAGCAGGCUCUGGAAGAUUACUUGCCUGUACUAUUGGGAUUGGUCAAAGAAGAAAACCAUCUGAUGCACAAAGUACAAUUCGUUUGGGUUAAUCAGGAGGAUGAAGCAGAGGAAACCACAAUAUCUAAUGCUUGGUAUGAGGUAUUGUCAGUUUUGCAUAUGAUGGCAAUGGCAUUGCUGUUGCAAGCUAACAUAAUGCUCCUUCCAAAGACAUCAGCUGAUGGCGUUCAGUCAAAAGUCUCGGAAGAAUGCAGGAGAGCAUCUGUUGAUGUUUUUCUAAAGGCAGCUGGGUUCUUGGACUAUGCAGUUCAGCAUGUUCUUCCAAAAUUCCCUGCUGAACUCAGGAGAGAGUUACCGGUAGACCUUCAAGACGGAGUUCUUCAAGCACUUUGCCUCCAAGCACUGGGGAAGGCUGCUGACAUUCAACUUGGGAUGGCCAUAGACAGUUCCAAAGCCACUCUGGCGGUGAAGCGUAGGCUUGCCUGUGAGGUGGUAAAAUACUGGGAGCAGGCUCAAGAGAAUCUUGUGAACAUCCCCUUAAUGAACGGUUGGGGAGAAAAGCACCGUCAAUAUGUCAAAUGGAAGUACGUUGAAGCAAAGGCUGCAGCAUAUUAUUUCCAUGGUCUGAUACUUGAUGAGGGGAAGUCCCAUGGAAUGGCAGCAGCUGCUUUGCAGGUGGCAGUCGAGUCUCUCGAAGAAAGUAAGAAGUUCUCUGAGGCAUUUGACACUACACCUCCUCUGUCAAGGAACCCACCGCUUUGGGGAACCGCAAAGUACAUCUUUGAGAAAAUCUCGAAAGAUGCUUCCGCUAAAGUGCGGAUAAACAGAGAUCUGUACUUCCAAGAUAACAGGACUACGGAAAGUGCACCGGCCUUGCCCGACUUUGCUUUGGCCUUAAAACCCGAUGAAUACCAGCUCCCUUCAAUGCAUAGGUGUUGGAAUGAGGAGAAAACAGACAGAAGCAGGCUGGAGGCCAACCAGCCCAAGGGCACAAGAUGAAGUGUUACAUUAUCAUGUUCAGUGAAUACAAAGAUGCUGCCGAUAUCAGAUAUGGAAGAUACAGAAGCAAAGUGGAUCAUUGGAGGAGUUUGUUCGGAUUCAAUGACGGAAAUUUUUCUCGAUCAAGUUUCAUUUUCCUGUAUGUUUUUGGUUGUCUUUAAUAUGGUCACAGUCAGUUCGAGAGAGGCCUUUGAAAUUGUACAAGUAUCUGUUUGAGUGUAAUUUGUCUCGACUCCGGUGGGAAAGUAGUGGCCUCUCUCUUCUCAACCAAGCAAUGUCGUCUUCCUGUUGAAAUAAAUGAUUUAGUGUCUCCAAGUCAAUUCCAGUUGAGAGGAAAAUUUAGCGGGUCUUGAUUGUGAAAAGGAUCAGAGAAUUGUAUAUGAAUGUAAAGAACGGACUAAGUUGCAUAUAUACCAAUGCAGAGUUGGAUUAUGUUAUAUAAUCAAUUAUUUUUU